AUGUACAAACUUUAUAAUUUUUUAUGUUGUUUUCUUCUUUUCCCCUUAUUUGCACCGAUAAUUACACCUUCACUCAUCAAUCGCUCAUGCUACAAACCUCGUUUCUUUGAUCCAUCUUCCAAUACCGUUGAUCAAUGUCACUUUGAAGAACGUAGCAACAAUUGUGGUUGCUGUGAGCUUUGUACAUGUCCUGACGAUUUAGAUUUUUAUGAUGUUGAUGUUAAUGUGCCAGCUUACGAAGAUAUUAAUGUUGGAAAUAUAAAUAUAUGUCGUCCAGCUAAGAAACGUCCUUUCUUUAGCACCCCAACCAUACCAUCAUGUAAUG